GUAUCGCAGACGAUUAAAUGGAAAUAUUUCUUUCCCGUCAAUGAGCAACCUCAUUCAUUUGCAUCUGGUGACCUCGUGUUUGUUUCGGGUAAAUACGUGGUUGAAAAUUCAGAACAAUGUAUCACGGUCACGUACGCGAGCACUAUUGAUGAUGAAAAUCCUAACCGUGAAUUUGAUACCAGUAACGUUCCUACAUGCGUUCCUCACUGUAUGUUUUCCGUAACCGUUAAUCGUAAGCCGAAAGAACUUGAUGAAUUUAUCCAUUUCGGUGUAGAAAGCGUAGAGUAUAACCCCGUCACUGGUACACCUGAUGUUAAAAUGCAGAUGACAGUUCUUUAUUCUUGUCAUUCUACUAGAUUCCAAAAAUAUCUAGGUGCUUCUGGUUCGAAUAUCAAACUAAGAACUACUUAUUUUGUAUCGGGUCUCUUUAAGUUCUCACAAUCUGGUAAGAUGGUUAUUGAAGCAACCGAUAUCGACUAUUUGAAGACCUCAAAUGCGAACUAUAUCGCUUCUGAAAGUUCUUCCUCAGUAUUACCCGGGGCUCGUUCGAUUAUUGAUAUUGUAGCUGAUGAUAUCGAUUCUAUAACUACUCAAUCACCAUUUAAACAGCCAGGGAUUAAUUCUCCUCGUUGUGAAAAGAAGCCAUGUUAUGAAACAGAUUACGUUGACCUGGAUACUCAAGAUAACGAAAAAGAAUAUAAAUCAGAUUAUGAACGUAAUAAUGAGUUGGGUGAUGAGGGUUUUCAAGAUGACGAAGAAGAGCUGGAAGAAAACUUGCAACCUAGGAAACGAAAAAGGA